CGUUUACUCAAAGUGCGGUUGAUAUAUAGACAUGUUCGAAGGCGGAGCAGCCUCCGAGAAGAGGCCGAUGGACUUGUUCGGAGAGAUGGAUGAGCAAGGAUCGGCGAUGGCCAUGGACGUCGACGACGUUGAUUCGCUUGAUAUUUUCGGCGAGGGGGUCAUCGUAACAGAUAACAAGCUCGCCGACGCUGACUUUUUCAACAGCUUCGAGGACGAUUUCGAUGAUACUGAUAUCAACUGACGUAUCCCACCUUUUUCCAUCUUUUUAACUACUCAGUAUGGUGCUUUUGGUUUGUUGGGUUGACUAUAUUGGAGCCGCACUAUUUUUCUCUUCGCGGUGGAGAAGGGAAAUGUUGAACCUUUUCUUGAAUUUCUAUAUUUUGUAUGAUGUGGAUUAAUAUGAAUGUAUUUUUAUGCUAGUCACAUACUUUGGUUUGUGUAUCUUUCUCUUUUGUGAUCGACUACACAUGCCUUUUCCCCUUUAAAUUCUGA